AUGCAUAGAACUUAUUCCUUAAGGAAUUCAAGAGCACCCACUGCAGCUCAAUUACAAAGUCCACCUCCACCAACAUCCUCAACGAAAUCCAGAUUCUUCGGUAAAGGUGGUAUUGCUUAUAAUUUCAGAACCAAGACUGCAGGAUCAUUUGGUCCUGAAUUAUCAAGGAAAUUAUCUCAAUUAGUGAAAAUUGAGAAGAAUGUCUUAAGAUCAUUAGAAAUUGCGUCCAAUGAAAGACGUGAUGCUGCUAAACAAUUAUCUGUUUGGGGGUUAGAAAAUGAUGAUGACGUUUCUGAUAUUACUGAUAAAUUGGGUGUCUUAAUUUAUGAAGUUAGUGAAUUGGAUGAUCAAUUUAUUGAUCGUUAUGAUCAAUAUAGAUUGACUAUGAAAUCAAUUAGAGAUAUUGAAGGGUCUGUUCAACCUUCAAGAGACCGUAAGGAUAAAAUUACUGAUAAGAUUGCUUACUUGAAGUAUAAAGAUCCUCAAUCUACAAAGAUUGAAGUGUUGGAACAAGAAUUGGUUAGAGCUGAAGCGGAAAGUUUAGUUGCUGAAGCUCAAUUGUCAAAUAUUACUAGAUCAAAAUUGAGAGCAGCUUUCAAUUAUCAAUUCGAUUCCAUAAUUGAACAUUCUGAAAAGAUUGCAUUGAUUGCAGGUUAUGGGAAGGCUUUAUUGGAAUUGUUAGAUGAUUCUCCUGUGACUCCUGGUGAAACGAGACCGGCUUAUGAUGGAUAUGAAGCCUCGAAACAAAUCAUUAUUGAUGCUGAAAGUGCUUUGAAUGAAUGGACUUUAGAUUCUGCUCAAGUUAAACCAACUUUAAGUUUCAAACAAGAUUAUGAAGAUUAUGAAGAAGAAGAAGACGAUGAGGGUCAAGAACCUCAAAUACCAGAAGAAGAAGAAGAAGAAGAAGAAGAAGAAGAAGAGGAAAUGGAAGAUCAAGGUCAAGAACAAAGUAUAGUGGAAGAUAAUCUAGAUAGCCAUCCAUCUCAAUUGGAUCCAGAACAACAACAACAAACAUGGUCUGAAGAAGAAGUAGAUGAAGAACAUGAUUUACAGGAAAGUCUACAGGAAGGUGAACAUGAACAAGUUCAUGAAGCCGCCGUGUCCAAUAUCUAA